AUUGGCUUUAACAAAUCUUUGACCCAAGGAAAAAAUCUGUGUCGUCUGUGGCCUGUUCGGGGAGCCGGUGGUUGUGGCGUGGCUCGACCUGGCAACUUUUCUUUUCUAUUGGGAAAAUCUCUCUCUCUCUCUCUCUUGAACGACGCAGAGGAGAGAGAUUGAAGCUGAAGCUGUAGCUUUUCUUUCUCUCUCUCUCCCUCUCCGGAACACACGAUUUUGUGAAGAGAGAGAGAGAGAGAGAGGAAAUUAGGGUUUUGUUUCGAGAAACCGAAAUGAAUGUCAUGCGUCGCCUCAAGAGCUUUGCUUCCGGCCGCUCCUCCGUCUCCGAUCCUGGCGGGGAUUCUAGUCUAAAGAGGGUGAAGGUUGAACAAGAAGUAGAUCAGAAGGUUGCUGGAGAAUCAAAAUCCUUUGAUAGAUGUGCCACUGGCAUUGAGCAAAAUAUGGCCUCCACGUCCAGGGAAACUGCUGCAAGCUCGUCUCAUGUAUCUUCUAUUGUUAAAACUGAAAAAACUGGUUAUGAUCAACUUCCCAAAGAGAUGCAUGAAAUGAAAAUCAGAGACUUGAAAGAUGAUAACUACGACGAUAAAGAUAUGGAAGCCACUAUUAUUAGCGGAAAUGGCACAGAAACAGGUCAGAUAAUUGCCACUACAGUAGGUGGUCGAAAUGGACAACCUAAGCAGACAAUCUCAUACAUGGCGGAGCGUGUAGUUGGCACUGGUUCAUUUGGUGUUGUCUUUCAGGCAAAGUGCCUAGAAACUGGUGAAGCUGUGGCGAUAAAAAAGGUGUUGCAGGAUAAAAGAUACAAGAAUAGAGAACUCCAGAUUAUGCAAGUGUUAGACCAUCCUAAUGUUGUUCAACUAAAGCACCGUUUCUUUUCCACUACCGAAAAGGAUGAGGUUUACCUUAAUCUUGUUUUAGAGUAUGUAUCUGAAACUGUCAACCGAGUUACAAGACACUAUACCAAGAUGAGCCAACAUGUGCCCUUCGUUUAUGUACGACUGUAUACAUACCAGAUCUGCCGUGCUCUUAACUACGUACACAAUGUUGUUGGUGUAUGUCAUCGUGAUAUAAAACCGCAAAAUCUAUUGGUUAAUCCCCACACGCAUCAGCUAAAGUUGUGUGAUUUUGGUAGUGCAAAGAUGUUGGUUCCUGGUGAGCCCAACAUAUCCUAUAUCUGCUCGCGGUACUAUAGGGCUCCGGAACUGAUAUUCGGGGCUACGGAAUACACGACCUCAAUUGAUAUGUGGUCUGUCGGUUGUGUUUUGGCUGAGCUACUUAUAGGCCAGCCUUUGUUUCCAGGCGCAAGUGGGGUUGAUCAACUGGUGGAAAUCAUUAAGGUAUUGGGGACACCAACCAGAGAGGAAAUUAAGUGCAUGAAUCCGAAUUACACUGAAUUCAAGUUUCCUCAUAUCAAAGCUAACCCAUGGCACAAGAUUUUUCACAAGCGAAUGCCAGCUGAAGCAGUGGAUCUUGUUUCAAGGCUUCUCCAGUAUUCUCCCAAUUUACGUUGCACUGCUUUGGAGGCAUGUGCUCACCCUUUCUUUGAUGAUUUGCGGGAAACUAACGCAUGCUUGCCAAAUGGUCGACCUCUUCCUCCACUAUGGAAUUUCACACCUCAAGAGCUGGCCGGUGCAUCUACUGAGUUGCGCAACCGUCUCAUUCCUGAGCAUGCCAAGGAAAGGGAAUAAACUUGUGAAGUGGCGCUGAUCGAAUCUACUGGCGAUACGAACGGGUUUUUGGAUGCUUAGUUACCUAAACAAGGCAUCAUAACUCUUGCAGGCAGUUAAAUGAGGCACCAUUUUCCGACCUUACGCCCUCAUAGUUCUGAUGAAAUGGGCGCCUUGCGAGUUCCUUGCGUUGCAAGUUGAUUUUCAAGGCAUCUUUAAUGAAGAAAUAUGGCAUGCAUGGAAUGGGAUCUGCUUGGUUAUUACGUUCCAAUAUACUAAUGUAUGUGUUUACGAAUAUACAUUGUGGUUUUUGUUCUGUGCCUCUACUGUUAUAGAUGAGUCGUCGUGCUUAUUUAUAUUUUUCGUUUUCGUAGGCAUGUCUUAGAUGCAGUGGAUAGUAACAAAAUGAGGGUUGUUAAGGGACUAGAAAUGUUCAUUUUUGUAUCUUUUCAAUGAGAGAUAUUUUUUGUUUGGUGUGUC